AUGCCGCGCGCUUCCUCACGCCAGACGACGUUCCGCGCUCAGCUCGUGAUGGAGCACAGAGUCGGGAACAGAACAAAGCUAAAGCACUCGAAUCGACAUGGAAAACUUGUACUGGAUGAUACUAUACAAAGUGUACAGUUUUCAUACCCACGUCUAGGUCGAUUCUUUCAGCGCAAGUUUGAACAACCACGCAAGUGUGUUCUCUAUCAGAAAUUAUUACGCCUCUACUCAAGUAAUGGACAACAGCAUGUGAUGUGUCGACUUUUGUGCGAGGAAGACGCGAUCAAAUGCACAGAGAAGCUUCGAAGCUUUGGAGUUGAGAUCAUUGAAGUAGGGGACGCUAUGCUGUCGAAUACGUUCUCACGUCGUGCUUCAAUCUUUCAGAGUGAAGCGAUCGUAGCUGGAGGCGAAACUGCAUUGCAAAUUAUUCAAGAAUCGUCACAAGAAUUAGUGCAAGCUGAGGUUCAAGAGUAUGAAAACUCGCAUCAGCUUCGAGACGACACUGAAGCCAUUGUGCGUGCAAUGUUCAGCAUUGAUUCAUGA